GUCUUGGGCUCCGGAGAAGAGCCGCAGGCAGCCUGGAGGUCCGCACGGAGAUCGUGGCGUUGCCUGGCGGGCGGGGCGGCCGGGGGCUGGCGGCAGCCGCCGUCGCGAAGCGGCUCAACAAUCGAGGAUCGAACAUCGAUCCUCGAGGAUCGAACAUCGAACAUCGAUCCUCGAGGGUCGAACAUCAAACGUUCUCUUGUGCGGGGGUCGAACAUCGAGCUCUCUCACCAAUCGCUGCUUCUGGCAUGCCGGGCCCCGACGCGUGCAAGUCGGAGGCGGACGCGAAGGUGGAGCACGACAUGCUGGAGCGCCCGAAGGACCGCAUUCUGUUCUACGGGAACCUCUGCCUGGACAACGUGCUGGAGGUGGCGGCCUACCCGAAAGAGGACACGGGCAGCCGGGCGCUCGCAUCUCGGAAGGUCCUCGGUGGCAACGGCGCCAACUCCACCCGGGUGCUGAAGCAGCUGCGCGGGGGGCGGUGCACCGUCAGCUGGAUCGGGCCGGUGCCGCGGCGCGGGGACCCCGAUACCGCCUUCGCUCUGGGCGUGCUGGAGGCGGACGGCGUCGACACGUCGCUGCUGGAGGAGGUGGGCGGCGAGGGCCUCCCGACGAGCUUCAUAGUCACGAGCCGCGAGUCGGGCUCGCGGACCAUCGUCUCCACCCGCAACGGCGUGCGCGAGCUCGGCGAGGCGCACCUCGAGGCCGCCGUGCGGCGGAUGCUCCAGGAGGAGGCGCGGCUGGGGCGCCCGUGCUGGUGCCACCUGGAGUGCCGGCAGGCGCCGGAGGUUACCGCGCGCAUGGCGGAGGCCUGGCGCUCCGUGACCGGCGACCGAGCCCUGCCGCUCUCCGUGGAGGUCGAGAAGCCAGGCAUGGACGUCAGCGGCGUCGUGGCGUUGCUGGGGACGUGCACCCACGCAUUCUUUUCGUCGGAGUGGAUCAAGGCCCACGAGGAUGAGCUCCUUGCUGAUGGGUCGGUCACGGAGCCCGCCGAGAAAAGACAACGCACGGAGGAGCAGCGGCAGCAGCUCGCGCCGCGCUGCCUCAGCGCCCUGCGCGGCCGGGCGCCGGGCGCCGCCGGGCUGUGGGUCUGCGCCUGGGGUGAUCUGGGAGCGUUCGCCCUGGACGCCGCAACGGGGACCAGCUACUUCCAGCCCGCCGUGAAGCAGGCCCGCGUAGUCGACAGCGUCGGCGCGGGCGACACCUUCAAUGCGGCCACAUCCACGCCCUCGCGUCGGGGGCUGGGCCCCAGCUGGCGCUGGAGUGCGGCUGCGCCGUCGCGGGCCGCAAGGUGGCCCAGGUCGGCCUCGGCUCGCUGCGGGACGCGGUGCCGGCAGGCCUUCCACGGGGGAAGCCUACCCUCGUAG